AUGGUCGCUGUCACUGCUAUCCAAGAUGAAGCCGGUGCCGUCGGUACCAAGAUCCAUCUCUACUACAACCUAGAGAGCAAGAACGUCGGCUUCCAGUUCCGCAACGAGCAGGACAACAACGACAUCAAGCUCAACACCUUUGACCCUGAUUCCAACGCCCAUGACGGCUUCGUCGUCUACCAAUCUCACCUAGCCAGCACCAAGCACUACAAUAAGGAGCUUGUCUUUGGCGUCACUGAGAAGAAGGACGCUGAUAAGAAGAAGUCCUGCCAGUGCGGCCAGCCUGCUAACUCCCAGAACUGCGACUGCCCUAAGGAUGCCGAUGCUGUUGACAUUUCUCUGAUCAGCCCGGUGUACAAGGUUGUUACGAGCGCUUACAGCGACAACUACAAGAUUGCUGCGUGCUCGUCUAAUGUCAACACCUGGAUCUACUAUCUCAAGAAGAACCCCAAGGCGAGCAAUGCUCUCAGCAUCUAUGAAGCCGUCAUCGGACCAACUCACGACAAGGCCUUCAGCACUAACACCAUCCUUCCUGGCUCAGCCCUAGCAGCCUACUGGGAUGCCGGUACUAAGAAACAAAACAUCAUUUACCAGGGUGUAGAGGGCAACAAGCUCAGGCAGUACGUCGUCGGCGGCUCUGACGGCCCCAUCGACGCUGCAAAGGGUGUCAAAGCCAAGAGCACCCUCGCUGUAGCUGUCACUGAGGCCAAGGCCUUCCUCUACUUCGUUGACGCAGACAACAACACCAUCAGCAGGGUCACCAAGAAGGUUGGAGGGACUAAGUGGGGGCAUGAGCAGACUGUUACCGACGCUGACAAGAUCAAACCUGACAGCCAGCUCUCUGUCACUGUGGCUGCUGGAGCUAAUCAUCUCUUCUAUGAGGCUGACACGGAGGACAAGAAGGAGCUCACUCAUGUCAUUGACUCUUGGGAGGAGGAAGAUGACGACUGA